AGGAGGACUGUAUGUGUGGGCCGGUCCCUAGGUUUGUGGUUUUAGCUUUUCAAAGGCGCGGAGCUAUUAUGGGCUAUGGGAUCAAGUUCGGGAAAACUAGUCUUCUUUAUCUUGAAAAAUGGCUUUGUAACAGGAGGCGCCAAGGAGCUUAAGUACACAUAACUCGCACACGGGAGAGAAAAUGACGAAAGUUCCUCAGGGGUUUGAUUUCAGUUUCCUAAACGAGGAAGAAGCCAGGAAGAUCCUCCAGGUCCUGGAAAGAAAUGAGGAACUCCGAAGGGCAGAGAAGGACAGGAUCAGCAAACUUCAAAAGACAAAGAGGGAUAUCAGAUGGCUUCAAGGAGCAACUGGAGAAUGGUUCGAAGAAAUUCAAAGAAAGAAGUUCUGCAAUGAAACAGAUGUUAGCCAGAUGUUAAAACCACCACUCACAUAUAGGCUACGGAAGGGGCUAGCAAAAAAUGAUCCGUUGGAAUUACAAACAUCAAGAUCUAAAAACCUAACCAACCAAAAGCCAUCUGUUUCUUCCCGAACGAGCAUCCGGUCAUCCUUUGCUUCGCUGUUCUCCUUCAGAAGAUCUGGGAAGGAGACGCUCAAGCUUCAGUCUCAAAGACCAAAAGGGUGUGAUGACCGUGUGGCGCCUCCUGUGUCUGUGAGGGACACAACUGCCGUAGUAUCCGGGGAAUCAAAGGCAAAAAUAUACAAUUCGCCGGUUGGAAAUCAGCCAGUUGCCAGUGUGUUUGUCCCUAAGCCAGCCAUCAUGAGGGAGGAGAGUGGCAUACCUCCACCCUGGGAUUCUUCCCUGCUGGAGACUGAGCUUUUUCAAGUUUUAGAUGAUUUGGAUAGCAAGCUGGCCCAGGAACAAUCUGCAGGCUCAGUGAAUACCAGAGUACCAUUCAACUAUGGAUCAAGAACCCAGUUCAAACAUUCUCACUUGAGCAGGAAUGAGCAUAGUCACAGCACGGGAAGGCACCAAAACUACCACAGCGAAGCUUCCAAUAUGUCCAUCUAUGACAUCCUGAGACCAGGAACUCCUAGAGAAGGUUUCAAAACCUUUUCUCCUAGGACAAAGACAAUUUAUGACAUGUACAGGACCAGGGAGCCCAGAGUCUUAAAAGAGGACUUUAUGCAAAAGAAUACAUUUGGUAGCACAUCACUAUGCUUCGACAGCCGGCAGCGGUCAGCUUCACCCGCCACAGGGCGUUUUACCGCCAGGAGCUUACACUCUCCAGCCACUACUCAAAACAAGAACAGUUUUACACCAGUAAGGCACCAGCAAAGUCCCAAAAGAACUCCUUUGUCGUCCAUCAUAUGGAAUAGGUCAGAUUCUUCUAGACACAGACUGAAUCCAGAGGAGUCCGGGGCACCGUCGCCAAUGGACAUCGACCCUGCUGACCAGUACGUGGCUCCAAGGUGUUCUCAGGAGAGUAGGAGGUAUGAGUUGUACCAUUCACAGAGUGCUUACCGAAGCAUCCCUCUGAAUGCCCCCAUGGAUAACGUAAUGAGUCCUGACACAUUGGAGAACUCAGAGAAUAUGCCACUCUACCAUCAGAAUAACCCACUCGCAAGGUCUUUCUUCAGCAGUACCUUCAGACAGAGUGGAGAACAGAGAUUUGGACAGAAUUCCUUUUGGAGCCAACAGGAGGAAUAUUCUUUCUGGUCUGACAUACACCAGAGCGGGAAGCCGUUCCCUCCAGACAGGGACUUUGAAAUGAUUUCUGUUGAAGUAAACAGGGCACCAUCUGUUUACAGCCAUCGUGUCCCAUCUCCACCCUGGAAGCCACAUUCUCCUGGCUAUGGAACAUAUGUCUUCAGAGGUCAAGAGGAUCCACACUGCUGGAGAUCUGAUCUUCAGACGUCUCCACUGGAGAGCAUGGUCACAUCGCAUGUCAAUGAGAACCAAUUUCCACCCCAGUUUUUCACACCGGAUGGUUUUCCCAUGACUGAUCCAAGCUGCCACAUCCAAUCUUCCUGCCUGGGCUGUCAGCAAGGCCACUGUCCUGUAGACACAGCUGUGGAUGAUGAGUCCCGUUUGUUUGGCAAGGCUCAGACUCUAGUGUCCUCAUUCAGAACUUCCUUCCCCCUGAUUCCUGAUGACAGAAGGGAUUCUCAGGGUCCCAGCUUCCAGAAUUCCACAGUUACUUUGGAGAAAAUGGUCCCUAAUAAGCCAGACUCUCUUCCAGUAAGAAACUGUACAGAAGUCGCUGUGUCUGGUAGCCAUUCGACUGAAUCGCUGGCUCUUACCGAAACCCAGCCCAACAUCCCAGCCACAGAAAUGAAAACUGAGAAAGACAUGAAUGAAUCUAUUUCAGACAGUGAACGGCUAAACAAGAUGGGCCAGAAAAACAAGGCAAGUGGGUUACCCCAGCCUCAUUCACAGACAACGAUCUCUAAUGAUUUACCUGAUUCUCAAAAUGCCCACUCCCAAGACGCAACCGAAAGCGACAGGUUUGUCUUUAAUGAAUCUACCACAGUAGGCUCCGCAAAGUCGCCCAGGGUCUUUUCCAGGAAAGGCACUCCCCAAAUGCACACGUCACUAAGAGAUAAAGCCAAGGACUUAGACAAAGAUCAAGGUUUUCCUAGAAACAGAAAACUUGACUCAGCGGCUUCCCCGACUUCCAUCCAAGAACAUGGAAAGUGUCCGUCUCUUCCCAGCCCAAAUCAAAGUUGUCACCAGACAAAAGGAAGUAAUGAAGACAGCCCAGGCAUCAUUAAAAAUAGCCACUGGUGCCUUGAACCCACUGCUACCCAAAAGGCAGAGUCCCCAGAGCAGCCUGCUGUUCUAGAUCUUGAGCAACAGCAUCCUUCCACUCAUCCUACCAAUGGCAGCAAGCUGGCCGCCAGACACAGUAUCUCACAUGAUGCUUCGGAUGUGUCCUCUGGUGCACCCCAAGAUUCCUUACUGUUGAGCAAUUCGUUCCUUGAUGCUCUCUUCAUUCCUUCUACUACAGCGUUCUCCAGGAGGCUUUCCGACCAAGAUCCAUCUCAAGAAGAAAGAGAAGAAAAAGACAAGGCUGCGAAGAACCAAAAUCCGUUGGCUGUCAAUUCCACAGAUAGGCAAGAGAGUCAUGACGGGCCUGCUCUUCUGCACGAUGCUGUCCACGGCCACCCGUACUCUCCCUUCAGAAAUGGGAGAGGGACAGGACGUGUAAGACGCCACGUGUCCUAUAUUGAGGAGCUGGCCAAGACAGAGAAUAGAGCAGCACCCAGAAGUGAAGGCUAUAGCCUCACUGGGGACCAAAGUAGUGUCAAAGCCCCUGAGCUCAGCACGGUCUACUGCACCUUGCCAAGAAAACCAGCCAGCUUUCUCAUACACAGCAGACAGCAGGAAAGUAAGAUAACAGCGGCUUCAAUUAGGAACGGGCCACUUCCAUUCCAAAUGAAAAAUAAAGUGGGUGUUCCAACUGGGGAGAGCAUAUCUGACAAACCCAGUUCUCCUAAAUCAGUGAGCGAUGCUUCCAGUUCCAUCAUGGGGAUGCCCGAAGCCACCAAGAAGAUGACAGACAGAAAAGCCAUUAGAUCUGCUUCUGUUAGGAAAGGGCCGCUUCCUUUCCUCAUCACGAGGGCAGUAUCAUGUCCUUCGGGGGAGCCGUGUACCUUGACCGACAGUGGUGAAAGAGCAAAGUCACUGGUCCUGGACAUGGAUGCGUCCUCUGCGAUGCCCAGGCCUCGGGGGAGAAUCUUCGGUUCUCUCGAAGGUGACCCAUCAUCUCGAGAGAGUACUUUCUCUGAAAGACACAACCGAAAAGAACUUGCUCAAGAUGACGAGGCACCUGUCCCUGGGAUGAGCUCACUCACCCUUUCAAACCAAACCCCCAAGCCGAUGUCUGCAGACGCGUCAGGAAAAGCAUUACAUAAGUUUAAGACAACCAGCAUGUUCUCUGUUUCUGGUGACGAAGAGAAUGUGAAAUGUCUUGAGGUGGUUUCAGUAUAUUAUACUCUACCAAGGAAACCCAGCAAAAAGUUCUGCAGCCUCCUUCAGCAGUAUACGCAAGGUACAGAUUCACUUCGAGAUGCUUUUCAGGGAGAGACGAAAGCAUUGCCUAGUGCUUUAGAAGGCGAUGAGCAAAGUCGUCCCUCACAAGUGCAGUCAGGAAUACCUCCACUGCAAGACCUAAGGAAGCAGGCCGACUCCGCCCCACGCUGUCUUUCUCACAGCAAUGAAAAGAAGACUGUCUCCCGAUUACCACAUAGGGAGGCUUCCGAAUCUUCCUUAGAGGAAAUGGCUUCUGUGGGGCCCGAUGUCCCUCUUCAUAAAGGAGAACCUAAGACCAAAGAGAUUUCCCCAGGUAGUUUAGCUAAAACAGCCGGGGAUGACUCACUAAGCAGGAAAAAGAGAGAGGGGGCAUUGCUAAGACAGAUCGUACAGAGCCCAUUACUGCCUCAGGAAAAAGGUGCUGGAGAAGGAAACGCUAAAAAUCUACAGCCUUCUAAAGGAGGAGACACUGGUCUCCCAGGCCACUCAGAAGCUAAUGUUGAGAAUUCCCAAACCAGAAGAAAUUCUGAAGCCUGUGCAGGGGGCAUAGCCACCAGAUCAACAGGAAGUGGAUGGUAUCCUCAGAGAGAUCACAUGACUGUAGUCGUAAAUGACAGUUCUAGUGGGUCACAGCCUAGAGAAGCCAGGGGGACAACUGGAGACUGCCAAAACCUGACUGAUAAAAUGCUCCCCGACUCAGAAAGCCAAGCCUUUGCUCCAACCCCAGCAUUGCAUAAGCUGCAGCUGAUUGAAGAGGCUCAGUCAGGGGGAACAGAUCAGCAGUCGGAACCCAGAUGGGCAGGAAUUCAAAAAACAAACACAGCAGAGGUGAGAAAGGUUAAAGAUGAAACACCAAAGUUGGCAUGGGAUCAAACUUUACUUCCUGGAGGAAAUAAAACCAACACGGGCGACCUAGAAACAAAAGAAAACAGAUACUCAGUUAAACAUGGAUUGGCAGCCAUGUCUAAAGCAAGCAGAAAAAUCCCGGCUAAGGAAAUGAGUCCCAGAAGACACAUAGCCACUAUUUUCUCCCAAAGUGAAAGCCAGUCUGGCUUUAGGAGGUUAUCUCUUUGUAGAUCAGAGGACAGCCCACUGUCCCCUGAACCUAUUGUAAAAUCCACAGAGUCCACAGACGAAAGCAGCCUGAUGAAUGUGGACGCAUCGGAGACCCCGCUCCAAGCUACUGCAGUAUCCAACCCAGAACCUCCUUGUCAGCCCUGCAGUCAGAGGCCUGCUAACAUUUCACAACCACAUCAGAAUGAGUCAAACAGCAUCUCAGAAACACCAUCAAAGAAUGAAGAUUCUAAAGCCCAGAUUUCAGGAGAGCCGGGAGCCCCAGCUCAGCUCACGCUUACCAGCCCCAGAGAAAGAAGCGCUAACCCUCAGCAGAGGUUGAGUCCCCCUUCUCCCCUGGAAUCUGCACAGAAAUCUACAGUAAAGCUGUCCCAUUGUCAGCUGCGCCACUGGAGUGCCCCAUCUCCAGAGUCAGAACCUGAGCCUCACCUCUAUAGGUCAAAGAGUUUAAAAAACUUCAAUGUGCACAGUGACCGGCUGUGCACAAGUCACCCUCCCAAGGCCAGGGGGCGCCACUUUUCUGAGAACACCUGCAUUGACAAGGCUCUCAGCCAGCUGUCCCUUGACGACAACCCCUCCCACAGCAGGGCUUACAGCCGACGAUUCAAAUCUUUUUCUGAACUUCCUACCUCUGAUGAAGGCGAAAGUUGGGCUUUGUAUAACAAUAGGACUAGAACGGGUCCCAAGUCUACGUCCUCCAUUUCCAGGCCUAUUGACUACGGGAUUUUUGGGAAAGAGCAGCAGCUGGCUUUCUUGGAGAAUGUCAAGCGGUCACUCACACAGGGAAGACUGUGGAAGCCAAGUUUUCUUAAGAACCCUGGCUUUCUCAAGGAUGAUGUACUCCGUGCUUCCAACCCGUCGCAGUCCGAGCUGUUGGAUUCUGGUGGUGGGUCACCCAAAGAUGGCUCAUUUCCAAGUGAACCUCUUAAUAUCUACGAGGAGGACCCAGUGGACUCGGACUGGGACACAGACACAACCACCGAUGAUGAGUACUACCUGGAUGAGAACGAUAAGGAAUCGGAACUGUGAGACUGCGAGAAACUGUGUAAUAUUAUACUCGAUUUUUGGCUUUUUACCAAAAAUAUCAUUAUAGUGAGUCUAGAUUUAUAGACAGGUAGAUCUGGUUUGGCCAGUGUCUGCACCACUCUUUUCUUUUCCAUAUAUAUGUAUUUUUCUUCUGAAUUCUAAGAACAGUGAUUGCUGGUUUUGAGGGAUUUUGUUCGUUUCUCCUGAUUUUUUCUCCUGGUGCGUUUGAACUUAGCCUUCUUACCUCUUCCCCCAACUCUAUCUCUGAGCCACUUUCCAGUCCUGGCUCUGUCUUCCUCAUCGCUGUUUUUAUGUCUCUUACACUUAAUAGUUUGGGCACAUGUUAAAACUUGUUACUUGUUAAUUACCGAGAACAGUUGCAAAACCGUACUGCCCCCUCUGUCCACAGCCUGAAUUCAAGAUAUCAAACAUAAGCAAGGGAAAGGGAUAGUCAGGAAGAAUACUGUCCUUGCACGCACACUGUGUUCAUACAGUGCUCACACAGGCACUGAAGGGCAUUGGAGCCAGAAAUGGGAGUAACAGAGGGUUAGGGGUCAUACAGGUGCUGGGAAUCAAACCUGGGUCCUCUGCAAGAGCUGCAAGUGCUCUUAACCGCUGAGCUCUCUCCAGCCACAAGAUAAAGGGGAUUGUCCUGAGAGCAUCCUUGCAUUUCAGCAGUGGCAUCUUGACACACAUGUCUAGAGAACAUUUGGAGGUUAAAAAUGAACAGUUAGUGCCUUCAGGAAUCUCUCUGAAGUCAUUCGUGGUGAUUGGCUGACAAGUUUUCAUCAGGCCUAGCACGAGGGUGAAGCCAAGCGAUGCAGGCAGUGGCUUGGCCACAGAGACACGGCUAAGAGACGGAAAGGAGCAGACAGCACAUUGCUGCGCCAGCUUUGUAGCUGCUCUCUCCACAGCUGAUUUUUCCCAUCUCUCCAGCCAUGUGCAUUUCUCACUUCCUUGUUUUUAGUCCAGACUGGGGCUUAUUAAGCUUUUCUCACUGAAAUUCUUUACCACUUUUACAUGCCCUUAAGUAUACAUAUAUAAAAUAGGUGUGCAAGUCGAACAUUCACUGAUAACUCACAUUUAUUUUAAAACAGUUCUCUGACUUACAAAUUUAUCAUUUGUUUAAGAUAAAAACAAACAUAUGCUAAUGAGAUAGAUACAAUCCAGCACAAGGACUUUCUACUGUUACCCACAGGCUGGGGCAUAAAGUAGUAACACGCCUUUGGUGUCUGUAAUUGCCUUUGUAUAUGAGCAGAAUCUUUGCAUGCACAAUAGAAGUGUUGUAGUUCCUGGGUUGCAAUACAGGGAUGGAUUUUGUCUUGUUUUAUGGCUGUUUUAUGACAUACUUUUAUUUCCCACUGUUCAUCCAGAUGAACUGAAUAAGGGCGGGUGCUGGCAAAGCGUACAGAGAUCUGGUGCUGGCGUGAACGCAAGGAAGAUCUGUAUGAUUAUUGCCCUUAUAAUCAAUCAUUCUGAAAGCCGAAUGACAGAGCUCAAAGCUAGUGAAGGGGAGCUCCCUAAUACGGACGCUUUUCCUUAAACCUGUCCGCUCAGACUUCAAGCUCUAGCCGAUUUAAAGCUCACUUGUUCUUAGUUCAUUCAAACUUGAAUGGUACAGAGUAACAUUCAGUUUCUUAUUUGAUGAUGUAUGCUUGUGCAUAUGUCUUUCCUCUAUUGCUAUUUAUCUGGUUAUUUAAGUAAAACUCAUAUAUCAUGACUUUUUGUAUAUAAUUUUAAGAUAUUCCAAGAUAUUUUAACAUUAACACCCUUGGGUUUUUUUUUUUAUGAUCACCAUGAGAUGCUGUUUCAAUAAAUAUUGUGAGUCUACAUGUUUGCUACAAAAGGUGACGCGAAGUUAACUUGCUCCUCACCGAGGCAAGGCUCUGCGUGAGGGACGGCAGGGGAAGAAUGGACAGUAUUUGGGGCGCAGACUCUCCGGGAUAGAGUCUGUUACCCAUACUGAAGCCACUGCUUCUCUGCACUGUGUGUGAGGGUCCCUGCUGUCAGGCCGAUGAAUCAGGGGAACAGUGACUUUGCAAAAACAGAACAGCAAGCACCUUUACUGUUUAUAGCUCCAUGCAGCACUUCGUUCAGGAAGUGUGGCAGAUGUUGUCUUUGUGUUGUAAUAUGUAAACCGCUUGUUUUUAAUGCUCAUUUUGGGCGUAGCCGUGGUAACUUUAACAACGGUCAUUUUAUAUUGUUUUUUUCUAAAAUACAUUAUGAUUAUAAAACUUUCUUGUAAAUGGAAUAAAACACUAAUGAAUCAAUACUAAUAAGUGCCUAGGAAAUUAUCAGCUUGCUUCAAUGUUAGGCUAACACAGCUAUAAAUAUUGUGUUAAAGUCACUUAAAAUGGGGUUUAAUAAGAUUGCUUUUUAGAUGUCACCCUCCUGAAUGGCUUAUUCUAACAUCGUAAACACAUUGAUCUUAAUAAAAUGCUAAUUGUUACUCAUAUGAGUUUGGUUAAGAAGCUUGAAAAGAGAGACUAUUUUGUACGGGAGAUAAAGAUGAGGCACGACGGUGCUGAGAGAAGCCUUCUUAGGUUGUGGAAAAGAUCACAAUCAAAUGGAAAAUCACACCUCCGUGAAACAAGUUUCUUUACUGAAUGCUGGUGUGUCCAAACAGGCCUUACUGUUUAGAGUUUGCUGUCUGUGUUGGAGUUGUAGAAUAUCCUAUCUAACUGUACAGUAUAAAUAUGUAAAUAUUUUACUUUGCGAGUUCGCAUUACUACUUGUAACUGAUAUUCUGUUCUGAAAUAAUAACCCACAAUAAGCACUUUUGUCAAAACUGUCAGUCAUGUUUUUAUUUCCUCAACUCUGUUUCCAAAGUAUGGAAUAUGUCAGGAGGUGAAAUUUUAAAACAACGCUUGUGUUGAAAUAAACAACCUGAACAGACACACUCUGCUUGUUUGUUGGUUGCAUUUGCACUUCUGAAGAUGGAACCUACAUACUAUGCAAGCGCUCCUCCACUGAGCCACAGACUCAACCCCAAAUUUACUGUUAGUCUUGGCUUUAUUUCCUAUCCUCAGAUUACUUUUUAAUUUUUUUAUGUGUAUGGGUGUUUUGCCUGCCUGUUUGUACACCACAUACAUGCCUGGUAUCCGCAGAGGGCAACAGAGUCCCUAGAACUGGAGUAACAGAUGUGUUGUGGAUGCUGGGAAUCAAACCUGGGUCCUUUGGAGGAACAGCAGUGCUCUUAACUGCUGAGCUAUCUCUCCAGUCCCUCGAAAGAUGAUUUUUUUUUUAGUGUGAAAUUUUCACGAAAAAAACUAAAAUACUAGGGGAGAUGUGCCCAAUGUUUCUGAUUAUUGGGAGAGACUUGCCAAAUAGAUUAUUUAAAAACAAAAAGGGUGGUUGCUUCUCUCUCUUCAUAAACACCCAAAGUAGUCAACCAGCUUUGAGAUAUAAAUUUUAUUAUUAGAUUUAUUUAUUUUCCGUGUGAGUGGGUUGCUUGAAUGUGCACCAUAUGUAUGCACAGUGCCCACCAAGGCCAGAAGAGGACAUCAGAUCCCUGGAACUGGUGUCAGGUGGCUGUGAGCUGUCAUGUGGGUGCUGGGAAUCAAACCAGUGUCCUCUGCAAAGAUAAGUGCUCUUAACCACUCAGCCAUCUCUCUGGUCCUGACAUUCAUUUUUAAUUACUGUCAAAGUAAAUGAAUUGAAAGAUUUCUCGCUAAUCCCUCUAGUCUAUCUCCGGUAUUAAUUAUAACAAUCUUUUCUAGUGGGCUGGAGAGAUGGCUCAGAGGUUAAGAGCACUGACUGUUCUUCCAGAGGUCCUGAGUUCAAUUCCCAGCAACCACAUGGUGGCUCACAACCAUCUGUAAUGAGAUCUGGCGCCCUCUUCUGGUCUGCAGCAUAUAUGUAGGGAAAACGCUGUAUACAUAAUUAAUAAAUAAAUAAAUCUUUAAAAAAAACAAUCUUUUCUAGGAAAACCCAAUGCCUUUUCUUCAUCAACACAUAUGCACACAUGUAUACAUAUGCAGAGAUGUAUAAAUACACAUGUAUAAUGUGAUUAUACUUUUAAGUAGAACU